UCGCUCUUAUGAUUUUCACUUCGAACAAAAAACACACACACGGAAGCCACCGCCACAACCCCCCGAAGCCCGAGCCGCACGUCGCCGUCGAGCCCAUCCCCGCCAAGACGCUAUCAGCCGCCGCUGCCGUAGUUUCCGACGCACCCAACCUCGCAGUCCACGUCCUAGCCAGCCUCCCACUCCUUAAUCUCCGGUCCGCCGUUCUUGGUUCACCGCCGCCGUCGUGGUUUCCCGUCGUUCCUUUCCGUCCGUGGUGCGCUGGAUCCUUUCCAAUGCUGAAAUUCUUCAAUUAUUCUGAUUGAUUGCCUGGAUCGUCCAAUGCUUCCGCAUAUGAUUGAAUUAUCUUUCAUGCUUGAAUGCUUCUGUGUUCAAGAGUGCUGGUGGUAUUCCCUCUUACUACAAUAUUGAUGAUAAAGUGGAUAGUUCUGGAAUGGAGAUGAGCUGCCAAGAAAAUGUUGGUGGUAGUGAUAUUCCUGCAUGUUCUACAGCAGGGAAUAUUUCACAUCAAGACCAGCGUUUCAGUAGCUAUGUGCAGCAGCCUGCUUUUGUGAGUGGAUGGAUGUAUGUGAAUGAACAAGGGCAAAUGUGUGGUCCAUAUAUUCAGGAGCAACUAUAUGAGGGUUUAACUACUGGUUUCUUGCCAUUUGAGCUUCCUGUCUAUCCUAUGAUUAAUGGCACAAUAAUGAACCCUGUGCCACUGAAUUACUUCAAGCAGUUUCCUGACCAUGUCUCUACUGGGUUUGCAUAUCUGAAUUUGGGUUUCUCUGGCUCAAGGGUUCAUACAAAUGGUCCCUCCUCAUCUAUGGAUAUGGCAAUAUAUGGGCAGAAUCAGUCUUUUGACAAUGCUGCUCCUUUGGCUGUUAACUCUGGCUCGCAGUCAGUUCCGUAUUCACAUGGCAAUUACUGCAUUAAUGAACCUAACCACCAAUGUUCAAAGUCAGAGUUGUUCAACAGUAUGAUAUCUUCUCAGAUGUUAGGUGAAGAACGUUGUUGGCUUUAUGAGGAUGAAAAGGGCAUGAAACACGGUCCACAUUCUAUUUCAGAAUUGAUUUCCUGGCACCAUCAUGGAUAUCUUCAAGACUCGUCAAUGAUAUCUCAUUUUGGCAAUAAGUAUGGUUCCUUUCUGCUAGUUGCUGCUGUAAAUGCUCUGAAAGGGGAUACAUCUGGAACCAUUUGUAGAUCAGGUUCCAACAACAAUGAGCUUGGUGGUACGGUAAACUUAAUCUGUGAAAUAUCUGAGGACAUUUCUUCCCAAUUGCACUUGGGUGUCAUGAAAUCUGCCCGCAGAGUUGUGCUCGAUGGGGUUAUAAGUGAUAUUAUUGCAGAAUUUUUUACUGAAAAGAAACACAAGAGGCAGAAGCUUGAUUCAACUAACCUGGCUUCUGAGACCUCCGUGGUUGACAGCAAAAGGUCAAAUGUUGCUGUGGAGAUUAGUAAAGAUACUGCUGUUCCGAGUGAGCAUGCAUCUUCCCAUAUUGCAGAUGAUCAGACUUGUCUUGAAAUUUCUAGACCAUCUUCAAUAAGUUUUAAAUCGGUUGGAAGUGUUGAGAACUUUUGGUGGUCGUAUGCUGUUGUACGUAAAGUACUUGUUGAUUAUUGCAUGCAAGUCACGUGGAAUGCUGUAUUUUUUGACCCUCUAGCAGAGUACUUAUAUUCCUGGAGGAAAAAGAAACUUUGGUCUCAUCCUAAUCUUCAAAUAUUUGUUAAUGGUUGUGGAGAAUAUGAUGGAAAGAUUAAAUCUGAAGCUUUGCUUCUUGGGACAGGUUGUUCUAAAUACCCUACCGAUGGCUGUAAUCAGUUUGGAGUGCUGACAACAGGAACAGAUUCUCAUUCUAAGUUACCUUCUUUAUCUUCUAAUGUACCCAAAGAUGGAAAUUUAAUGGAAGGUCAAAGAGUUUCAUGCACUUAUAGUAACUCCAAAAAUUUGACAUGCAUUAUUGAAAGUGUGGAGAAUGAGCUUCACUUCUCUUCAAAGGUGUCUUUAGCUGAAUACUUUCGAAGUUUUGUUGAAAAGGAAGUGAACAAAAUAAUUCAUUCCCCUCAUGAAGACAAAUUGAGUAAGGUUGCUGUUAGUGUCUCUGGUUUCUCAGAACUACACACUGGUGAAACUCCUAUGAAGGAAAUUCUAAAUGACAAGUUAGUAGCUACUGUUAAGGCUGAAGAUUCAGUUUGUGAGCCUUCAUUAGCAAAUCAUAUGUCUAAUGUAUUCUCGAAUGCAUUUGAGGAGUUGUGUGGAGGUGUAGAAGUAGUUGAUGAAGGGGAAAUUGGUGAACUUCCACCUGGAUUUGAAGAGAACUCGCACACAAUUUUCCCACCACCGAAUUUGAAGAUUCGACCUUCAAGGGUAGCUGAAUGUAAUCCUAAGAUUACAGAAUAUGUUGCAACUGCACUGUGCCGACAAAAGUUGCAUAAUGAAGUCCUAGAAGAGUGGAAAUCCGCUUUUUUUUAUCCUACAUUGAAUCAAGCUUUUAUGUCUAAUAAGAAACGCAGUCAUUCUGGUAUUCAUGAGAAAGGAAAAGCAAAGAAAGCAAGGAAGGAACCUUUAAAUGAUGCUACUUCUGGACUGGGAAAGAUGAAAGAAGGAGCAAAAGGCUCUUCUGCAGUUCCUCUAGUUAAUGGAAAGUAUACAUACCACCGCAAGAAACUGUCACACAAAGAGUUGUGUUCCUCUCAAUCUGCUUCAGUGGAUGAUUCUAGGCCAGGGAAGCAGAACGUGUGUAAGUUAAGGAAUUAUGUUUUGGGAGAUUUGAAUGAAACUGCAGAAGUCAAAAUAGCUGCUAAGCGUGGAAAGGCUAGUGUGGUUAAAGGGAAGAAAGAUAAAUCUAAUAAGAGCAGGUCAUCUAUCAUUGUCAAUGGUAGCACAGAUGGUGAUCGAUUGUCCUUGAAGAAUAAAACUAGUUCGAAAGCAUUGAAACUUUCACGUACUGAUGGUGUUGUGGAUGCCGUAAAAUCUAAUGAAAGGAGGCUUUCUGCGUCAACAAAUAAUAGUGUUGGAAUGAAGAAGGUGGUUAAAAGCAAUGCUGAGGAUGUCCUAAAAUCAAAUGAAAAGAAGCUUUCAGCAUCAACAAAUAAUAGUGUUUCCAUGAAGAAGGUGGCUAAAAGCAAUUGCAGUGAUGGCACCAUUAAGGGGAAGGCUGCUGGUCAUUGCUCCAAACAGAGACCAAGUGCAAAUAAAAUGUCGAAACAAAAAAGGAAACAUUCAACAGAUGGUAUGCCAUCCUUACAUCCUGCCAAGUCUUUGAAAAUUUCAAACGAUGGUGCAAAGCAUGGAGCAAGCAAACAUGCUACUAUUACAAGGAGGAAUUCUGCCAAAUCCAAGCCAUUGAAUUUAUGUCCUAGAUCUGAUGGAUGUGCUAGGACUUCCAUUGAUGGGUGGGAAUGGCAUAGAUGGUCUCAAAGUGCUACUCCUGCAUAUAGAGCACGUGUCAGGGGCAUUGCCUGUAUACAAAACAAGUGCAUAGAUUCAGAUAAUAAUUUAUUGCAGCUAUCGAAUAAUAAGGGUCUUUCUGCAAGAACAAAUAGGAUGAAAUUGCGCAACCUUCUUGCUGCUGCUGAGGGUGCAGAUCUUCUGAAAGUGCCUCAAUUGAAGGCAAGGAAAAAACGAUUACGUUUUCAAAGGAGCAAGAUACAUGACUGGGGUCUUGUUGCAAUGGAGCCAAUAGAGGCAGAGGACUUCGUGAUUGAAUAUGUUGGAGAACUAAUUCGUCCUCGGAUAUCUGAUAUCCGUGAACGUCAGUAUGAGAAGAUGGGAAUUGGAAGCAGUUACCUUUUCAGACUUGAUGAUGGUUAUGUGGUUGAUGCUACAAAGAGAGGUGGGAUUGCAAGAUUUAUUAACCAUUCUUGUGAGCCCAACUGCUAUACAAAGGUCAUCUCUUUCGAGGGUCAAAAGAAGAUUUUCAUAUAUUCAAAACGGCAUAUUGCUGCUGGUGAAGAGAUUACUUAUAAUUAUAAGUUCCCGUUGGAGGAUAAAAAGAUUCCCUGCAACUGUGGUUCCAGAAAGUGUCGUGGAUCACUUAAUUAGUCAGGGAUUGAGUCUUUAAUUCUGGAUCAUGCUCCCAUUGGAUAUCAUUUUGAAGAUUUGAAGACCCUGCUAGCUUUAUAUUUCCUCAGACAUCAACUUGGAUGAGUUGCAUUGCAAGAGUACCUGUUUAUGAGCAUAUCUUGCUAUGGAUCAUCAUCAUUGUUGAUAGGCCAAUGGUGAUUGAUAUACAAUUUGGGUCGCCUCCUUGUUCGGUGAUGAAAUAACUCGCGUGCACUCUUGUAGACUUUUUGUGGCAUUGCAGGAGUAGCUCAAGUAGGAAAAAACCGUGUUAGUUUUGCCGAGUUGGAUUGUGCCUACUGCCGGUUCCCAGCCCGGACAAAGGAGGAGGAUUGCAAGUUUCAAGCUUUCCAAAAUUGUUUCGAAGGAAAGAAAGCAUCCGUUGUCAAUUUGGCUUCGAAAGAAAUGGAAAGAUUCUUACCUGCUGAAGUCAAAAUCAAAUAAUGGCUAAUACGACAAUAGAUUUUUAUUUUUACUUCACUUUCUUAGUUUGAAAUAGAACUUGUAUUCUUUCGCGUUUGUUUUUUUCGCUUUACUUCACUUUAUUUCACUUUCUUAUUACGGCAAAUGUUGAACAUCAACUCAAAAUUUUAAAAGACCUCGAUCUAGGUUUUUAAAAUGGUGAAAACUCAGGUGUAUUCGACUUCACAUGAAGUUGAUACUUGAGAACUGCUAGAUAAUUUAAUUGAUUGCACUAAAUUUUUAUCUAACAGUUCUUAGAUAUCAACUUCAGGUGAAGUCGACUUCAUCCGAGUUUUCACCUUUUAAAAUAUCUGCAUCUAUAUAUCUCAGCAUCUUGAAAUUGUGAUUAUAUUGUGUAGUUAAUCUUGAAGGUAAAUGUUGAUAAAUCUAGAGUAGUCCAUUCUUUGAAUGUAACUAGAAGGACAUAGGAGAUCUUUUCUAGCAUUUCUGAUUUUCGGUUCACUUGUGAUCUUCAUAAGUAUAUUGGGAUGAAUAUGGGAUAUGGUCGGUUUAGCAUAGCUUCUUUUUAGGGAGUUCGUCACAAAAUUCAAGUCCGCUUAGGCUAGUUGGAAGCGUUUAUGAUCUCCAAUUUCAUGUGGGGUUUACACAAUAUAAAAAAAUAAAAUAAAAUAAAAUAAAAGAAGGAGUGGCUAAAAGAAAAAAGGGAGAGAGAACGAGAUCAAGGCUCUCUCAUUUUGAAAGAAAAAAAAAAAAGGAAACAGUAAGGGUUCAUCAUCGAGGAAGAAGAAGAAAAUUUGGGAAAAAAGGGUAAGCUAUUUUUGACCCGAUUGAAUCGGUAAACUUGUUCUAUUUCUUAUGAAAUUUUAGUAUGUUAUUUCUGAUGUAGAGAUGAAUAUUAGGAUAUAAUUUAC